AUGAACUCAUCCGAAGACACGCCUACCGGCCUCCCCAACUCCUCUAACAUAGCGACUUUUAAUAAUAUCGGCCCCGAACACACCAUGACUCAGAUAAAAGAACCAACUACGCCGUCUUUGAAGAAGAAUGCAACUUUCGACGCGGCCCCCUUUCCCCAGACUCCCGAGCGUACACCGCAUCAGUUGAUGCCUGAAGGCACUCCGUUACUGUCACCCACGCACAUGAAUUCCGGGGCUACUCCUUCAAAACGGCGAAGCACAGACUUCUACAGCUUACUAAAGUCGCCGGAUGUCAAUCGAAACGAUGUCGACCUGAAACGACGGUCGGUCGAGCUCAACAAGAUACUCAACAAAUCUCCCGAGAGAUUGAACAACUAUGUUUUCCAUGACAGUCUGCUAAAGUCUCCUAAGCGUCAGCCCGGAAGCUCGCCAUUCCGUGUGCACAAGAAGAAUGACAACGAAAUUAAAGAGAUAUCGGAAAACUUGAAAACGAGGCUCAAUUACGCCAAUGUGAAAAUCCAGCACGGAUGGUCAGCCAAAUCGAUCUCAGAGCUGGAGAAAAACCUUGAGGAGGAGAAGUCGCGAAAGAUGCUCACACCUCAGGACAGGAAACAACAGGACAAUUUCUGGAAGAUGAGGACCGACCAGCUUCCUACAUACAAUCAGCCGACCAUGAACGCCGAGCACAGAAUCGCAGCCCCUUCUAGCCCUACCAGCCACGCUAUUCCUGCGCGCCGCAAAGCAUCGAAGCUGAAGCUGGACGAAUUGGCUAGUAAACAGGGAUCUGCUGAGUCUGCUUUGUACAAAGCACUUUCGCCCGAACGACCAAAGCUGACCAUCGACUCGCGAUCAAUGCUGCCUCCUGCCAGCCACCAGCGCUCUGCUUCUGAUAGCAAGCUUGAGCAGGAGGCCAUCAUGUCUCUGAUAUCGCUUUCUUCGCCCGUCAAAUACUCUGGCUCGCAAUCUCCUUCGCCUCCCCGCCCCGCUGGGUUGCAGAAACCGCCACUAUUGUCAUUUGACAGAAGACGCAACGCUGGAAAUGAGGAAACGGACGAAGAAACGGAGCUCGAAGACGAGGACAACGCGAAAAACCAUAUUUUCAAAUCUCCCCAACGGAACGGACUCAAAGGGCUCGGGCUCACGUCGAAGUCUGCGGCAGAUGACGACGACCGCACAGCGAGCGAUUACUCUGACUGA